UACUUUAAUUCACUGAUUUGAAAAGGAGGGAUUUCAUUCAAACCAAUUCAACAGAAGAACUGAUCAGGUACUGUGUAGUUCAGUGAUAGAAUGUGCGAUCAGAUAUAAAAGAAAGUUCAGCGGAAACCCAGUAAAAGAUGAACGCGAAAUUUGCCGCGAGUAUUUCGCAAGUGAACUGCGACACCCAACCCUUACUCAACCCUUUCGUUCACCGUCUGGAAUUGAAUACGACAUAUGAAAAAAUUAAAACGGCCAUUCUUACAUUAAUUCUAGUUCCUGUACGAGUGGGUCUGAUAUGUUUCUUCGUGGUAACAGGAUGGAUGUUGGCCACUGUUGGACUUUUUGGUGUGACUGAACAAGAAUUACAUGAGAAACCUUUAGAAGGAUGGAGAAAGAAAUUAAAAAACAUCAUUUGCGUUUUGGGCCAGAGCAGCCUGAUGGCAGGCGGCAUGCACUUUACCAUAAAAGGUAGGCAGGCCUCAAGAGACGAGGCCCCAAUUUUAGUUGCCGCUCCACAUUCCACCUUUCUGGAUGCAGGGCUUGUUUACGUAACAGGGUUUCCUUCGACUAUUGUUCGUACUGAAAGUGUCAGCUUUCAUAUAGGAAAACUCAUAAACUACACUCAGCCUAUUUACGUCUGGCGAGACGAUGCUGAAUCCAGGCAAAAGUCAGUAAAAGAAAUAAUAAAACGAGCCAGUUCCCAGCUGGAUUGGCCUCAAAUUUUAAUUUUCCCUGAAGGCACCUGCACCAACCGCUCUUGUUUGAUUAGUUUCAAGAAUGGAGCAUUUUAUCCUGGAGUUCCUAUUCAACCAGUUUGCAUUCGUUAUCCGAAUAAACUGGAUACGGUAACAUGGACAUGGGAAGGACCAAGUGCAUUGAAACUCUUAUGGCUUACUCUAACACAACCCUCGAGCAACUGCAUAGUUGAAUUCCUCCCUGUUUACUAUCCGAAUGAAGAAGAAAAACGCGACGCCAAGUUGUUCGCCAACAAUGUGAGAGCAAUAAUGGCCAAAGCUUUAGGCAUACCUGUGGUGGAUUAUUCAUACAGUGAUUGUAAAAUGAUGACCCGAGCCAAAGAAAUGAACGUACCAUUUGCCACAUCACUGGUGGAAGUUAGAAAACUUCGAAAAUCUCUAGGGUUAAAAGGGACUGAACGAGAAGAGGCUUUAGUCAAAGCCAACAAUUACGCAUGCAGAGACUGCAGUAAAGUCACUUAUAUCGAAUUUGUAGAUAUUAUGAGGCUUCACUCAAAUGAACAAUUGGCACUGCAAUUAUUUAGAGUUUAUGACAAGAAUAACACUGGGCUCAUCGAUCUCAGGGACUAUCUUCUGGGUGUUUUGGCUACGGAGGAAGACAAAACUACUGAAGAAAUUGUAGUUUUUGCUUUUCUGAUAUACGAUGUGAAAAGAAAUGGCAAACUUACACCGGAUAGUUUCUGCAGAGCCGUAUGUCACACUCUGGGUAUUACCCAGGAAUACGGUUUACAAAUUUUUGAUCAAGUUGAUCGAAAACAGCUAGGAUUUGUUCGUUUAGAGGAUUUUCUAACUUGGGCGGCCAAAUAUAUUCCUCACCUAAUCUACAGUGAGACCGAGAAACCCAACUGGAAAAACUUAGCAAUUUACCGUAACAUUGACAAAAAAAUUGACUGAUCCGCGUGCAUUGUCCAUAUGUAAAUUUGGAUAAAGCGUAAUAUAGUAUUAUUCAUCAGGCAUGUAUAAUAUCCUGCAAAGUAAAUGUGGGUGUUCAAAGGAGUGAGAUUGUAAAUAAAUAUUCAAAUAUUUCUCGUCGGUGAUGCUGAAUUUAUUAUAAAGAUAAAUCUAUGUUGUCUCUAAAUAGAUACAUUGUAAAUAUCUGAUACCAGCAAAAAAUAGCAAGCAGGGAACUAUAGAUCUAAAAAAAUCAAUUAGAGAACAAUGUGGGGAAAUCGCCGGUAGAUUUUAGAGACUUUUACGAGAGUAAGAAUGCAAUUCCUAACAAUAAGCGGCCAAGUAUACUUAUAAAUAUAUACAGAUUUUUUAGCAAACUUCCGCCAUACCCAAACAUCUACAGAAAAUCCAUAUUUUUAGCAUUAUGUAAUUGUUGUUAAGCAUAUUUGGCCCUCUUUGAUUCUUGUGCUUCAUACCAGCAAUCCAUAUUAACCAACCGUAUAAGUCAUCGGUAAAUACAGUUGUAAAUAUGUAGGAAAGUGAUUCACUGGAAGUAAUUAAGGGGAUAAAAGAAGAAAUUUUAUUUAUGAGUUCAUUAAAAAUUGCCAAAAUUCCAUUAAUGUCGUCAAUUUAAGUAACAGACUUACUUCUGUACAUAAAUUCUAAUAAGAAAUUGUAAUAUAAUUACUAUAGAGAAUCAGAUAAAAAGCUCAUUUUAAAAAUGCAAGUCCCAUCGUAUUUAGCGCUUACUUAUAGUGUUCCAUACCAAUUGAAGCGAACAGAUAGAUUUAAUUCGUUACCCACUUUUAUUAUAUGUAAAUAAUUCAACCAUAGUUUCCAAAAAGAUGCACAAUCGACUUGAUUAAGGUAUACAUAUUAUUGCACCAGUUCCAUAGCAUGUCAAAUUGUAUCCACUAGAAAUAAGAAGUAAAUAUUUAUUCGUCUGUA